AUGAAAAUAAUCAAGCUGCUACUAUGCAUCUUAAUCGUAAUCAAGGCAUGUAGAACCAGCAACGAUGGAGAAAAACAGAGCCAAAUAAUGUCCGUGGACAUGACCCACCUGGAGCAGAUGCUAAAGGAUGACAAGAUUUUCACCUUCCUCAUUGUCUACACACACUGGAGUCAGAGAUCCAGUUCGCUACUCGAAAAUGUGCAAACCAUUUCUAAUCUUUUAAAAUAUGACAACAAUGUAAGGAUAGCCAAAAUAAACGCUGCUGUGAAUAGUGCCGUUAUUCACAAGCUUUCUGUUUAUAGUUACCCUGCCCUUUUUAUGUUAAGAAAAAAUGAGAAGUAUCAGUACAAAGGAGUCAACAGCAUCCGAGGCAUAAUGAUGUGGAUAUAUAAAUACCUUGACAAUAGUGUCUACUCGAUUGAAAAUAAAAAUAAGCUGGACAUGUUCCUCAAACUGGAUGAAUAUAAUAACUCCAUUUUAUUCUUUAUCAACAGAAAGGAAAAGGAUACUCAUCUGCUCAAAGAGCUAAUCAACAUAUGUAUCCUAACAGGGAAUACCUUCUGCUUCGCUCUUACUGACCCAAGUAUCAUCUCCUAUUUUGAAAAUCAAGUGAUGCCAGAAAGGUAUCACUUUAAAUUAGAAGAUUUACAGAGCAAAGACAUGUAUGGAAUUUUAUUCAAGAAUGAUGACUUUGAUCAGUACUUCUUCUUGAUUGACAAGAGCGUAAGCAUUUUAUACAAUCCUGGCUACUCCGUGCAGGAAAAAAAACAGGAACUAACAAAAUGGAUACAAAAAAAAAUCGAACCCUUGGUUAUUAAAUUUUCUGAGUAUUAUUUCCCCCUUUUUUUCUCAAACGAUACGGUUACUUUUUUUAUCCUAUACGACAAUAUACGUGACUUGAACAAGUCAGAUAUUAUAAAGUGUGCGAAGAAGUACCCGAAUAUCACCUUCUCCGUGGCAGGGAACAAGGAGGUGUACGAGAAGAGGCUCCUCAACGAGCUACUUAUCGAGCAGGUCAGCAAGCCGAUCAUGCGAAUCAUCGAGUUUAAGAAUAACAUCACCGUUCCGUACAAGUACAGGCCCAUCAGCGACGCCGUCGAGAUAAACGAGCAGAGCAUCGACCAAUUCAUCCAGGACUACCUCAACGAGAAGAAGUACUUUUACCGAAAGAGCGAGAGAGCGCUGCCGGACGAAUUCAACCACGGAUACGUAAAAAUAAUAGUGGCCGAAAACUACGAUGAAUACGUGUUUGACAGAACGAAGCACGUCGUGGUGCUUUACUACGCCCCCUGGUGCGGCCACUGCUACAAAUUCGAGCCUGUGUAUAAAGAAAUCGGAAAGAGACUCAAGCUAUACGGAAAAAAAUUCAAGGAUUACAACAACGACGUUGUCAUUAGCAAAAUCGACGCGGUGAACAACGAGAUAUACAACAUCCCCAUCGAGGGAUACCCCUCCAUUUAUCUUUACACGAAAGAGAACAAGAAGGCGCCCAUCAGGUACCGCGGCCCGAGGACCGUGGAAAGUAUCAUUUCGUGGAUUUGCGAAAAGACCAAUACAGAUAUAGACAUACAGCAAUUCCGUGACAUCGAUUUGGACGAUGAGCAACUUUUCGAAACAUAUGAGGAGUUGUGA